AUGGCUGUUCAAGAGGUCUUUUUUCCAGUUUUGAAUUUUGUACGGGCUGAGAUUAUUGUCAAUGCCUUUGUGGUUCUUAUUGUGUUUCUGGUGGUCGGUUUGAGAAUCGUAGGACGCCUCAUUGGCCCAGGAUGUGGCUUGGAUGACUGGAUGGUCGUUGUCGCAACGCCACUCGGCGUUGCUAUGUUGGUGUUCCAGGGUCUUUUUGCUACGACAGGAAAUGGCUGGCCUUUGCCUCAACACCCGGAACUUGCGUCCAAUAUACCCUACAUUCUCGAGUUGACAUUUAUAAUGCAAAUCAUCUACGUCACUCUCCUCGCCUCCGUCAAAGCCAGCAUGCUCUUCUUCUUCCUCCGCAUCUUCCCCUCCGUCUUCAUGAAGAGAGCAUCCUAUACCCUGCUUGGCGCCGUCUUUCUCUGGUGGGUAUCCUAUCUCUCCGCCUGUAUCUUUCUCUGCAACCCCGUAUCCGCACAGUGGACGGGGCAGGGGAAGUGUGGACUCUACCUACCCAUGAUCCAAUCGCUGAUUGCGACGAACGCGAUCGGUGAUCUGAUCAUCAUGGCAGUGCCCAUGAAAAGUAUCUGGGAGUUGCAGACGAGAAGGACCGACAAGAUCGGAAUCAUCUCCUGCUUCUCACUGUGUCUCGCCUGUGUCGUCUGCGCCGUCUUCCGCCUGAUCUACAUCUCCACGGUCGACCUCAAGGGCAACAUCACGGGAACCAUGCCCACCACCGUCUUCCUCUUCGUCCUCGAGCCGAACCUCGCCAUCCUCUGCGUCAGCAUCCCCAUGCUGCGACCCUUCUACGCCAUGUACCGGCGCCGCAUGGGCGGCACGUCUCGCCUCGACGACUCCUCGCAGGAGACUUCCAACACGGGUGUGGGUCACGCGAAGUAUGCCGGUCGAGCAGGGCUAGGUGGGAAGGGGAAGAAGGCACCUGCGGACGCGGGCACUCUGAGUUCCUGGGAGAUGGAGGAUUACUACGGGGGCGGGCACAAGAACGAUACGACGGCAACGGCGUGUGGAGCAGGUGAUGAGAGCGGGAGCGACAAGAACCUGACGGCGGUGUCCACGAGCCCUGUGCCCAGAGGCAUGAUCGGGGUGGAGAUCAAGAUUUCGGCGAAGAACGAGAGCAGCACUGGCACUGGCACUGGCACUGGCACUGGCACUGGCACUGGCACACACCCCAGCCGCAUGCUGGCCUUACUUGCUAUGAAUGACAGCGUAACAGCGUGA